UUUAACCACAGACUAUCGCGCUUCGAGGUGAAGCUGCGGUUGUCUGUUGCAUUGUGGGAGACGCAUGAUGAUUGACGCUGACGCCAUUUUGUGUGUGUCCAUUGUGUGAGAGGAUAGUAAACAUCUGACAACACUCGCAAGUCCGGCCGAUAUUUUUACCCUUGGUGAUCAUUUGACGUCAUGGCUCGUACCAAGCAAACUGCUCGUAAGUCCACUGGAGGAAAGGCUCCUCGUAAGCAGCUGGCCACCAAGGCUGCCCGCAAGAGUGCUCCGUCCACUGGGGGUGUCAAGAAGCCACAUCGUUACAGGCCCGGGACUGUCGCUCUGAGAGAGAUUCGUCGGUACCAGAAGUCCACCGAGCUGCUGAUCCGCAAGCUGCCCUUCCAGCGCUUGGUCAGGGAAAUCGCUCAGGACUUCAAGACCGAUUUGCGUUUCCAGAGCGCGGCCAUUGGUGCUCUACAGGAGGCCAGUGAGGCUUACCUGGUGGGACUAUUUGAGGACACCAACCUGUGCGCCAUCCACGCCAAGCGUGUCACCAUCAUGCCCAAAGACAUCCAGCUGGCCCGCCGAAUCCGUGGAGAACGUGCUUAGAGAACAUGUGUUCAACUUUUGUCCCUUCGUUUCCCCCCCCCACCUUUGCCUGCCCCCCUCUCUUACUAUUCCCCCACUUCUCCCCCAUCUCCCGUACUUCCCCAGCUUCUCGGUAGACUUUAGGCUACUUCUGACUAUUAAGGGUAGCAUUCAGUUGACGUCUGGUCUCUCGGAGGUUUCUUUGGCUGUGUCUCGCUUGGCGCACUUCCGUACUUAGACGUAGGUGUUUUGGGUGCUUAUAUGCAUACGGAAAAAUGCAAUGGUAGACACUUACCACCCUUAAUAGUCGCCAUCUUGGCUACAUAGUGGACUGGGAGGGGGUAACUUGAAAUAAUAGUGGCUAAAUUUUGCGAUUUCCGUUAAGCGCACAUUGAUGGGUUUGGGAUGCUCAUGUCAGUACACUUCAAUAAGUGUACAGAUGUUCCCGGAUAUUGUCCCAAAUUCUUUACAGGAAAUGUGCACUUAAAGGAAUAUUUAGCGAUGUUUACCUGCUUCUUCUCCACGGACCAUUACCAUCCCUGCAAAACAUCUGUCAGCCCAGCAAGUAACCAAGAUGGCGACUGUUGAAGGUGGCAAGUGCACAAUCGCCAUGCAUUGCGUGUUGAGUGCACUGAAAAACACUAUGGAAGUGUGCAAAAUGAGACGCAGCCAUCGUCUUUUUCGUGCAUGUUCAAGGUUUUGAAGAUCAGACAAACACCGCUACACGUAGUCGGGUUUGAGGGCGGCGUGUCACAUCCCGCGUGUUCCACCUUGGGUUCUUCCUUCCGGCGGGGAGCAGGAUCAGAUGGGCUAGUCUGCUUAAGGGGAGCUGCAACUUCCACAGCAGGGUGCUAUUAAAACUAGCCCUGACACUUCUGACUUCUGCUAUCACACUUCUGCCCUCACUCCCACGCAUCCAUCCUCCACAAGCAGCUUUUCGACCUACAUCUUUGCCUCUGGAACGUGGAGUGUGUCUGUGUGCACGUGUGAAAUCUGAUCUUUUAAACCGCCUCUAAUCGACAAGCAAAGAUCUCUUGGUUACUUAAGAUAUUGUGCAUAUAGUGUCUUUUUUUUUUUUUUUACACAUAUAAAUCAUUAUCCCUCCCACAUUAGGAUUCAAAGCAUUUUGGUGGCAUUGCUAACACGGUGAAGUCAUUUCUCUUAUUUCCUUCUUUUACAAUAAUAUGAUUUUAACAACUGUACUGACAAUACAGGUUGUGUUUUUAA